AUGGACUGGAGUUUCCUUUCCAGAUCCAAGAGUCAGUCGGGCAAAUCAACGACAUCUACUGAAAAGCCGGACUAUGGCCUCCAUACAAUUGUCCCUCGGCAUUCGGCCGCGCUCGAGGGAACCGAUAUCGUUGCCAUCCACGGGCUGAACGGCCAUUAUCUCAAGACUUGGACCGACGAGAAAACCGGCACCAAUUGGCUUAGGAGUUUCGUUCCCCAAAUUGUGCCGGUGGCAAGAGUCAUGUCAUUUUGGUACAAUUCUACGGUCCAAUUUAGCAAGUCCACGUCAGACAUCGAUGUCUUCAGUGGCCGACUUCUGGAGGGUUUGCUGGCCGAUAGAGAAUCUAUCGAGGAGCAGGACCGCCCACUCAUCUUUAUAUGCCAUUCUCUGGGCGGUCUUGUGUUUAAGCAGGCGUAUCUGAAGGCGCUUGACAGCGACGAGCACAUGUUCCUCGCCAAAAGAAUCAGUGGAGUCUUCUUCUUUGGUACACCACACAAGGACUUGUCCCUUGCAAGUUGGAGCACGAUGACGACACGUCUUCUGAAGACGGCAUCGCUCGGGGCAAACACCAAUACCCAGCUUUCCAAGGACCUUGAGCCAAACUCUAAGCGCAUGGCCAAUAUCUCAGAGGCAUUCCUCAAGCGUUGUUCUAGUCUCAAGAUCAUCUCCUGCUAUGAAACACUGAAGAUGGAUUAUCUGAAUACCUUGGUUGUCGAGAAAGAUUCGGCUGUGUUAGGGCACUCUUCCGAGAAGGCCAUCGCCAUCGAGAGUGAUCACCGAGGCAUGUGCCGAUUCGGCACGAUCACGGAAAAGAGGUUCUCCGCUAUCAAGUUCAGGCUUGGUCGUCUGGCAGAUGACGCUCAAAAGGCCAUCUUUCUGGAAUCAGACAAUCUCAUGACAGCACUGAAUAGCUCCAACUACGCUUCACAUAGGGCCAGAAACCCGGCACCAAUCGAGGGAACUUGCACUUGGUACUUUGAACACAAAAAAUUUAGAGCUGACAACGAGGAGCAGUCUGAUGUUGCAAGGGGGAUUCAGGCUAUUCUGCACCAGCUUUAUACCCAGCAGAAAGACCUUACGCGCUGCCAGAAACUUCGUGGAGAGGACUUGGAAAGCAUUGAAAAACUAUGGGUUGCAUUUUCCCAAUCGACCGUUCACGGCGAUGCUAAGUCUACCAUCUGCAUCCUGGACGGAAUAGACGAAUGUGAACCGAAACCUCGAGGGGUUCUACUGCGCUGCAUAGCCGAACACUUCGCGAGCGACGGCUUGCAGCAGCAAUCCAAACUCAGGGUACUGAUAACGAGCCGCCCUGAGAAUCAGAUCAAAGUCGCACUGGGCAAACGCAGGAGGUCCACGAGUGGCUCAGGAGCCCGUCGACAAUCGUACGAGAUGAUGCGACUGAGGGCUGAAGAUGAGACGGAAUCGAUCAGUGACGAUGUAUCUCGGGUGGUUGCUGCGAAAAUCGAAGACCUCAUUGACCGGGGUCUACCCGUCGGCCUCCUCAAGAGCUUGCAAGCCGAGCUCGUGAAGCGAGCUGAUCGCACCUUUCUCUGGGUCUCGCUCGUGUUGAGUCUCUUGGAAAAGAAAGUCGAGAGCGGGGCUUCCAGACGAGAUCUUGAUGGAAUUCUCAACACGAGAGACAUCUUCAGCGUCUACUCGGAACUCCUCGCAUCGAGGCCGGAACCUAUGAAAGCUAGAAAGAUGCUUAAUAUCAUCCUCGCGGCCGCACGACCACUCACGAUCGAAGAAGUCAGUAUCGCACUUACUGUAGCUCCCUAUGGUGAUGAUUCCGGUGAUGGAAGUCCGGAAAGACACCUGGGACGCCGUGCAAAGCUGACAUUCGACGACGUAGAGUAUGGACUCGUGUACCCCCUCGAGAACCACCUGAAACAUGUCUGUGGCCAUUUCAUUCGUAUAAUCAAGAAGAAAGUAGAAAACGCAGCACAAAUCCGCUCCUAG